UACUUAGUCUGCCAGUUUAUUAUACAAGUCUGACACAGUUAGUUAUCAUUUCAGCUGAUCAUUUUAAUCAAGAUGUCAUCUGAAGGAUUUUCUUUGUCUAAAGACACAUCUCCUGGUCAGGACCACUCAGUCUUUUCAAUAGAAUCGAGGGGUCUCUCUGAUUCAGACACUAAAGGUGAACCUGAAUCACAGGAGUCACAGACACUUCAUAUGUCUGAGAUGCCCAGCAGAACCUCCGGUGAUCUGAGCGAUUUCGGCGAGCACUUGCAGGGGUUGUUCAGAUCAAAAGUGACGAUGUUUGGGUCGCUGUCACAAGACAGAUCGGCUGGAAACACCUUGCUCAGAUCUAAUGCACAGAUUCUGCGUAAGCGGGUAGAAAUACCCACUGCUGUGGGGGGCUCUCCUAAGCAGCAGCAUGUCAGCAUCGCCAGCGAGCUGUCUCAGUGUGACUCUCUUACAGAGACACAAGACCAGCAGAACCUGCAAACGGAUCUGCAAGCUCUUCAGUGCCCACUGAAUGCGGCCGAGCAACACAUCUUUGAUAAAGAUGGCUGUAGGAGGAGGCAGGAGGAGGAGGUCUUUGCUGACGUUGAGACUUUCAGACAGCAAUGCUCACUUUUCACUGAAAAGUGUUUCAACCUCACCGCUGAAUGGGACCACCUUAAAGCUCUCAGGGAGGAACAGCGCUCAGAGGUCAACCAGCUGAGAGAAGCAUUGCUUAGUCUUCAGCACAAUGAGCAGAUUCUGACUCAGGACAUCAACAGUCUCACUGCUGAGGGGGUCCGAUAUAAGAGUCAGAUUCAGACAAACCAAGCGGAGAUCGAGCUGCUAAAAAGGAUGGCCCGGAACGAGAAUGAAAAUCAUUUGGCAGCAAGGCAGCAACUCGAGUCUCUGAUCGACAGCAAAGAAGGAGAGAUUCAAAGACUGAGAGUGGCACUGCAGGGUCUUCAUGACAAAGAGGAGCGUCUGAAUGAGGACGUCCACAAUCUCACUGCUGAGUCGGUCCAACUUAAACAUCUAAAUGAGACCAACCAGGCAGAGAUUAAACAGCUGAAGGCCACAGUGCGUGCUCUGAAGGACAGUGAAGACUGUUUAAAGCAGCAGCAUGUCGGCAUCUCCAACGAGCUGUCUCAACUUGAGUCUCUGACAGAGAAACAAAUCCAACAGAACAAAGACCUGAAAACAGCCGUGCGAGAUCUUCAGUGCCUACUGGAUGAGGCUGAGCAGCAAAUCUUUGAUAAAGAUGAGCUCAUAAAAAAGCAAGGCUGUGAAAUCGAGUACAGUCAGCAACUGGUGGAGGAGCUCAACACUCAAAGAACUGAUAUGAACCAAUCCAUCCGUGAGCUUAAAGACCAGCUCGAGGCGAAGCAGGAGGAGGAGGUCUUGGCUGGAGUUGAGAAGUUCAAUCAGCAUUGUUCAAUUUGGGGUGAAAAGUGUGAUGACCUCACAGCUGAAAGGGACCAACUUCUAUCUGUCAGGGAGCAACACCAGACAGAGAUCGAUCAGCUGAGAGUGCUCACAGAAAAGCAAGGCCGCGAAAUUUUGAACAGCCAGCAACUGGUCGAGGCGCUCUACACCGAAAGAACUGAGCUGAACCAAUCCAUCUGUGAUCUUAAAAAACAACUAGAGAUGAGGCAGAAGGAGGAGGUAUCGGCUGGUGUUGCGAAUUUCAGUCAGCAAAGUGGGCUUUUGGCUGAAAAUACAGAAAAACCAGACUCACCUGAGAAGCUGAGAGAUGGCGACCUCCCUGAGAGUCCAGCUGCAGAACCUCCAGCUGCUGAGGGUCAGACCAGAGGUUUCUGGCGCCCCUGUGCUGAACGCCUUCGGAAAAUAUGUGUGAGCGUUUGCCACACCGUUGCAAACGUACUCAUUUCUGGAGGUGUCCGAGUCUACACAUUUUUCAUGGACCGUUAGUGCACCUACUGCACACUAGAGUCUGGAGUUCCUUGUCCCAUUUAGACAGGACUAACUGACUCUGACCAGAUGUGGGUCUGACAGGGUCUCCUGACCAUGUCCUCUGGGGUUUAAUAUGGGUUUUCUCCGGGUGCUCCGGUUCCCCCACUAGCAUUCGCUUUAAAAAAAAAAAAUACAGAGAACAAUGUGGAGAAUUGAAGAGUUGGACAGCUGGACCCCCCCCAGCUGUCUGUGGAGGGGUAUCUUUGAUCGACAUCGUUCCCUGGGUUUUAACACGGGUUUUCUCUGGGUGCUCCGGUUCCCCCACUAGCAUUAGCUUAUAAAAAAAUACACAGAGAACAAUGUGGAGAAUUGAACAGUUGGAUAGUUGGACCCCCCAGCUGCUCCCCCUCUUAACUGGGGUCCCAUAGAUCUUUCAUGCUGCAUGAUGGGACCUCUGCUCCUCCGUCUACAAUCUACCAGCAUCUCCUUGGUCCCGGUGAUGUUCAGGUCCAGGUUGUUGGUCUUGCACCAUGAUGCCAGCAACUCACCACUGUGUCAUCCUGUGUCAGACUUUUACAAUUGCUUCGCUUCGGUGGUGUUUCGGGGAUGGAAGUCCAGGGAUUCCUCUUGGCCCUGGUUAUAACAGAUGGUUUGACCAGCAACCCACAAGUCUCCCUAAUGACUCUGGAACUCAGACUUAGGGACUUUCAGAAACAUUUUAAAAAUGGACCAUCACAGUGUUGUGAUGGUUUGGUAUGUGUGUGUGUGUGUGUGUGUGUGUGUGGGUAGGUGUGUGUGUGUGUGUGUGUGUGUGUGUGUAUGUGUGUGUGUGGGUAGGUGGGUGUGUGUGUGUGUGUGUGGGUAGGUGUGUGUGUGUGUGUGUGUCAUCUACGUCAGCUGGCUGACUGGUACCCUCAUCGCUGAGAGCAAACAAAACCCGCACAGCGAAGCCCCCCGUUUGCUUAACACUUCAAUCAUAGCACUUUUGCACUUAAAUAGGUCAUGUUGAAUUUGAGCUCCUGUCAGGUUUUGUUAAAUAGUCAUCAUAUAGUAACACCAGAGUUUAGAGCAGCACUUGAAGAGGCAGCGAUGUAAAGAACAGAGAAGCUUCGUGACUGAUGAAUCAUGAUCUGUCCCAUUUUACCUUUUUGUGAAUGUGCAACAUGUGUCAUCAUUAAUACAGUAGAGCUCACAGAGGGAGAACUGUGUGUGAUCAGCCAUCUUGUUUUUACAUUUCUGCUGUCGUGUAAUAAAUGUGUCCGCUCAUCCUUGAUGUAAAAGUGUGGGAGGUAGAGGACGUCCCAAAGCUUUCCUCCCAGAGUCCACUGCAAGCUUAAUGUGCAGAGUCAGUGCUGACGACAUCAUUUCAUUGACUAAAUAUAGAGACUGGACUGAUUUUACAUUUGUUUGACAGAGAAUGGAUGAAUUCAAUUCUCUUCUAAACAAAAACCAUGAUCUCUUCUGUAGUUAUUCUUGUUCUUAAACAUAACCAGAACUAAAAUAUUGCUGUCCUUGCAUUAACAAAUAUCAUAUCAUAAUAAUAUCAUAUCUGUGGUUUGCAGAAACAUAUAAUGCAAUUUUCAGUUGUUUUGUUACAUUUUUCCUGUCAGUCGUUUCCAGAAGUUCCAGAAAUGUUUCGUGGACCAUGAAACUUCACCCGACUUUCCAUCAGCUUUGGGGGGGAGGAGAUGAAGACUGGGUUUGACUCUUUUGGGGGAACUGCUCCUUUAAAAGGACAUUGCUAAUAGGGGGUUCUGACUUUUUUCUAAUAUCACCUGCUGACGUUACUAAUGACCUGAUCGAUAUAAAAUAAAAAGAAAGAAAAAAAAAGAAAAUA